GAAUGGUGAAACGCGCAUGCGCCGUCAGCCACUGUCUCGUGAUUCGUAGUGGGAGGGGUAUUUUCUACUGGUUGUUUCUUUGCACCGUAAAUGGGGAAUUUGAAAACGUGGAAGACGAGCUGUCAAAUAUUUACUUCAUGUUGACACAGCCUUACGUAAUUUUUUUCACAACGAAAAAAUAACUCCACGUAAACCUCGAAGGAUACCAGCUCUCUAUUUUAGAUAAAAUAUAACAAUGUCUACUUGGAUCAGAGAGAACACUUUAAAUUGGAUCCAGCUAAUGGCUGUGAAAGUACUAAAGACCGGCUCGGUUCCUAAACACGUUGCGUUUAUAAUGGAUGGUAACAGACGUUACGCUAACAAAAAUGGGGUGAAAAAAGUGGAAGGCCAUACAAAGGGCGUUUCAAAAUUCUGUUUUAGAUUCGAUAAAUUAGCAGAGACUCUUCAAUGGUGUCUUGAACUAGGAAUUCCAGAAGUUACCGUAUAUGCUUUCAGUAUAGAGAAUUUUAAAAGAAGCGAAGAGGAGGUAAAUGGUCUGAUGGAACUUGCCAGACAAAAGUUUCAAAAUCUACUUGAUGAGAGAGAGAAGCUAAUGGAGCAUGGGGUCUGCAUAAGAGCCAUUGGAAACUUAUCACUGAUUCCUAAGGAUGUACAAAAACUGAUCGCAGAAGCUAUGAUCAUCACAAAAAAUAACAAUCGUGCAUUUCUUAAUGUUGCUUUUUCGUACACAUCAAGGGAUGAAAUAACAAAUGCAGUCAAAGACGUUGUUGGAGGAGUUGUGAGGGGUAAUAUUAUGACUGAAGAUAUCAACGAGGAAUUAAUUUCUGAAUGCUUGUACACCAAUCAUUCGCCUGAGCCUGAUCUAGUUAUUCGAACGUCUGGCGAAGUUCGAUUCAGUGAUUUCUUGUUAUGGCAGACAACCUGCAGCUGUAUUUACUUCACUGAAGUUUUGUGGCCAGAAUUCACAGUAUGGGAUUUACUAGCUGCGGUGUUUUACUACCAACGGUGUUACACGGACUUAGAAGCAGUGAAAUACACAAGACGAUCGGCCUUUCUUAAUAAUAAUAACAGUAACAAUAGGGUGAACAAUUUCGUUACUGAAUUACAGAGAGAUAGGGAAAGUAUGCUGGAAAAAAUGUCUCUAGGCUUAGCACAAACGUAAUAUGAUCCAGAUAUGUAUUUAAAAAUAAUAUAGUAAUUAAAUAAAAUAUUGAGGGAACUUUAAGAUUCCUAAAUUAAAUUGUUGUUGGAAUGUAUACAGCAAUUUUUAGUUCAUGUUGGAUCAUUUUCUAGUAGCUGUAGAUAAUAUUUAAUGAAAACAUCAUACCUAUAUUUAUUGUAAAAUUCAACCAAAGGGAAGAAUUUAGGCUUUGUACAGUUUUUAAUCAAGUUCCAAGCUUCAAAAGUCAUCGUGAUUAUUCGACGAA